UCGCCCGCAGACCCGCGGCCCCGAGCUAGCCCAGAUGUCCGAGGCAGCAGGAAAUCUCAAUAGCCUCCGCAUGGCGAACGUGGCCCUGCGAGAAGAAUUAAAUGCGCUUCGCGGGGAGAAUGCCAAUUUGGGUCUUCAGCUCGGAAGAGCCCUGGCCGAGGUUAACUCCUUGCGCGGCAAUGUCUCGAGCUACAUCCGCUGGCCAGUGCCCGUGGUGCCCGUCCUUGCCGAGGAGAACUUUGAGUUCCCGCUCAGUGAGAUCGACGCCGUUCCUGAGGGCGAACUCCCCUUCCUGUGCUGGCCUCCCCCGCGCAUGGAGCCCGAGUAUGCCUCAGACGAACUGUUGAUCAGCGUGAUCCAGGAUUGCGGCACAUCGGACGGGCUAGUCGACUCUCCUCCGCUGCCCAUCCCGCCCCCGCCGGUGCUGCCCCCGCUCCCAUCGAAGGAGCUGCCCUCGCAGCCUCUUCUGCCGCUGCUGGAGCGGCCUGAGAUAGAGCCCUUUUCUGGCGACCCAGUCUACCUGGCUGAAUUCCUUAUGCAGCUGGAGACCUUCAUAGUCGACCAUGAGGAUCAUUUCCCCGGGGGCGCUGAGCGAGUGGCCUUUCUGAUCUCCUUUUUCACUGGUGAAGCCAAGGACUGGGCCAUCUCAGUCACCCAGGAAGGAAGCCCCCUGCAUGCCAACUUCCCGCGCUUCCUGGAUGAAAUCCGUAAGGAAUUCUGUGGCCCUAUCCCACCAAGUGUGGCUAAAAAGGCCAUUCGCAAGCUCAAGCAGGGAGACUGUACCCUUGGCAGCUAUGCAGAUGCCUUUCAGUUCCUGGCCCAAUUCUUGUCGUGGGAUGACUGCCGCCUUCAAAACCAAUUUCUCAAAGGCCUGUCAGAAUUCUUCCGUAAGGAGCUCUUAUGGUCAACUGAAAUGGCCGACCUGGACGAGCUGAUUCUCGAAUGUGUGGAGAUAGAAAGAAAAGUGCGUGUCCCCAAGCCAGUCCCGCUCCCUGGGGUUCGAAAUAUCUUCUUCCCUUUUGCUGCAGAUUCUAAUAUCGAUGAAAGUGAAGAUUACUACAGUGGGGCUGAAGAUGAAGAGGCACGCAGGCACAGGCUUUACAACAAGGACCAGUGGAGGUGCGUGAGAGCUAUUCAGCAAGAGAUGAGGCAGAAGGAGGAGGAGGACAGGAGGAAGAAGGAGGAAGAGAUGAGGAAGAAGGAGGAGAUGAAACAGAAAGAGGAGGAGGAGGAGGAGGACGUAGAGGAGGUGGAUGUGGAGGAGGAGGAUGAGGAAGAGGAGGAGAUGAGGAAGAAGAAUGAGGAGAAAGAUGCGAAUAAAGAUAAGGAAGAAGAGGAGGAGGAUUGGGGCCAGGAGCCAGAGCAAGAACCAGAGCAGGAGCCAGAACAGGAGCAAGAGACAGAGGAUGAGACCCAAGAUGAUGACCUAGACGAGCUGAUGGAGAUGGAGCCGACCUAUGCCCAUGCUUCAUCUCAGACUUCUGGCUACUAUCAUGAAAAUUUCCUAGAGGCAUCACCUCCCAUAAUACAGCCCAGCAGACGGAGGAACCAGAACCGAGUUCCACUUCUGGAGGGCCUUCCAGGUACCAAUUCACCAUUCUACAGUUCACCACCACUGAUUCGCCGUGCAGGUCGCUUGGGGCAACGCCAAAUUCGAAGACGUCCCCCGGUGCUGUUCCGCCUCACUCCGAGACAGGGGGGCCACCGGGCUGCACGUGGCCGAAUUCGCGUGUGAGUGCUGGGGUGAGAUGGCCACCCAGAACACACCCUUCUACUGCGUCCCCUACCCCUGCUAUUGCUGCCACACCUGCCCCAUUUGCUGACCAGUACUUAAGGGAGUUCCAGACCUGCAGAACCUGAAGAAGACCUGUAGAACUCCAGACCUUCUUGCAGCCAUGACCAGCAAGCGACACGUGCCUGACCAAAGCCACCUGGGAGGAGAGGGAUCAGCAAUAGCUGUCCUCUUGGCGUGGACUCUGCUCAGUCCUGCCACAAGCUAGAGAGCAGGUUUCCGGGCCUGUUCCCAUAAAUGAACUGGUCACCCUCUUGUAUUUCCCUUCUAGUUAUUCCUAACCCUCACCUCUCCUGUGUUUAGUCACCCUGUGUUCUACGGUUUUAUCCUCUGACUGGCUCACCAUGACUUCACCCAAUGCCUCACUGACCUGCCCCAAUGAGCAAAAGGACAGGCU